GACAGAAGAAGAAGGCACCUCUAAUGUUUGGUGGGAGUUAACUCUUACGAAGUCGCAACAACAACAACAACAACAAACUAAAAUGGGCAAUAAGAGGAAAGUUUUAGUAACAGGGUUCGAGCCCUUCGGAGAACAUGCUGUGAACUCCAGCUGGGUGGCAGUGCAGGAACUGGAGCGCCUUGGACUGGGUGACGCUGUAGACCUCCACGUGUGUGAGGUGCCUGUGGAGUACCAGGCCGUUCAGAGUCUCCUUCCGUCGCUAUGGAAACAGCACACGCCACAGUUAGUGGUCCAUGUGGGCGUCUCCGGCCUGGCGAGCACGGUCACCCUGGAGCAAUGUGGACACAACAAGGGCUACAGACGUUUGGACAACUGCAGCUUCUGUCCUGCUUCUCAGUGCUGCAUGGAGGAAGGGCCCGACUGCAUCAGCUCGGUGCUGGACAUGGACACCGUCUGCAGGAGGGUCGGCCACUCGGGCCUCGGGGUGGCUGUGUCGGUGUCCAAGGAUGCCGGAAGAUAUCUGUGCGACUACACCUACUACUCCUCUCUGUUCCUGAGUAAUGGACGCUCUGCCUUCAUCCACGUGCCUCCACUGGGGAAACCCUACAGCAGCCAGGAGCUGGGCAGAGCACUUCAAGCUGUGGUGCAGGAGAUGCUGACGCUCCUGGAGGUGGUUGACCACACAGAGGAGCAGCAUUGCACACACACACAUCCACACUGACCAACUCCACCACUGUACUCGCUUUAUUCCUGGGUAAUUAUUAAUAGCGUCAUGAUUUUAGACUUGAAUGAGAUUAACGUCGGUUAUGGUCCUAAUAUCCAAUUAUGUUAGGGUACUAAUUCUAACUGAUCUUUGAGUGCUGCGAUAGGGAUGAUAUCAAGCGUGGAUUCUGGUUUGUGUGUCAUAUUUUGUACCAAACUGGGCAAGUUAAUUCCAAUGCACUGGCACAGACCGGAAGUCAUGGUGUCUAUUUAAAAAAAAAGAAGUAACAUUUGUUAAUGUUAUUGAUAGUACAGCAUCGUGUAUACUCAGGGAAUUCAAUCCAUCGCAACUGGACUGUUUGGUUUGUCUUAGAAGACUUUUUGCCUCUCAUCCGAGUAGGCGACUUUAGUUCAUGCUCAUAGACUUAGAUUGGUCAGAUCUAGUCUUAGACUUGUAUUGGUCAAAUUUAGUCUUCGACUUAGAUUGGUCAGAUCUGGUCUUAGACUUGUAUUGGUCAAAUUUAGUCUUCGACUUAGAUUGGUCAGAUCUAGUUUUAGGCUUGGAUUGGUCAGAUCUAGUCCAAGGUUUAGAUUGGUCAAAUCUAGUCUUAGACUUAGAUUGGUCAGAUCUAGUCUUAGACUUGGAUUGGUCAAAUCUAGUCUUAGACUUGGAUUGGUCAAAUCUAGUCUUAGACUUAGAUUGGUUAAAUCUAGUCUUAGACUUGGAUUGGUCAAACCUAGUCUUAGACUUAGAUUGGUUAAGUCUUAGACUUAGAUUGGUCAGACCGAGCCUUAAACUUAGAUUGGUCAGAUCUAGUCUUAGACUUAGAUUGGUCAGAUCUCGUCUUAGACUUGUAUUGGUCAAAUUUAGUCUUCGACUUAGAUUGGUCAGAUCUAGUUUUAGGCUUGGAUUGGUCAGAUCUAGUCCAAGGUUUAGAUUGGUCAAAUCUAGUCUUAGACUUAGAUUGGUCAGAUCUAGUCUUAGACUUGGAUUGGUCACAUCUAGUCUUCGACUUAGAUUGGUCAGAUCUAGUCUUAGACUUGUAAAAUUGGUCAAAUUUAGUCUUCGACUUAUAUUGGUCAGAUCUAGUUUUAGGCUUGGAUUGGUCAGAUCUAGUUUUCGACUCAGAUUGGUCAGACUAGUCUUAGACUCAGAUUGGUCAGAUCUAGUCUUCGAUUCAGAUUGGUCAGACUAGUCUUAGACUCAGAUUGGUCAGAUCUAGUCUUAGACUUAGAUUGGUCUGGUCUAGUCUUAGACUUAGUUUGGUCAAAUCUAGUCUUAGACUUAGAUUGGUCAGAUCUAGUCUUAGACUUGGAUUGUCAAAUCUAGUCUUGGACUUAGAUUGGUCAGAUCUAGUCUUAGGCUUGGAUUGGUCAGAUCUAGUCCUAGAUUUAGAUUUGUCAAAUCUAGUCUUAGACUUAGAUUGGUCAAAUCUAGUUUUAGACUUAGAUUGGUCAAAUCUAGUCUUAGACUUAGAUUGGUCAAAUCUAGUCUUAAACUUAGAUUGGUCAGAUCUAGUCUUAGACUUGGAUUGGUCAAAUCUAGUCUUAGACUUGGAUUGGUCAAAUCUAGUUGUAGGAGCCUAAAGGCUGUUUAAGUUAAUUUACAUUUUUAUGGAAGGUGCUUUAUGUUUAUUCAGCCAAAAUGGGACUAUUUAUUUGCAUAAUACGAAAAUGUAUAUAUUUGCAUGCUUAGAAUAAUUAUUACAUUUGUCUUAACAGUUUGAUGACGUGACUGUGUAAAUUGCAUAUAUGGCGGAAGGAUCUAUGUGGUAGGUUGGUUUUUGGACACAGUGCAUUAUGGGUAAUGGCAGUCAGGUGCGGGGGAAUUGAGCCACACAGUUUUUUGAACUCACUCUUACUUUUUCUUAGUCUUGCUUUUUCUAACACCUACUGUAACAAACUCUCUUUAUUUUGCCAUUCAUUUGUUCCCACAUCGUUAUUGUUUUACGUUUUUGAAUUAUUAAGUAAACGAUACAAAACGAA